GCAUUUGUAUUUGCCAAUGUAGUUCUUGCAUUUCCACAUUAUUUUUCCUACUACUUUGGUCUUGGGUAACUUCGAUUAUUGACGCCUAUCUAUUUUUGUUUGUGUAAUUAUUGUUAUUUGGAUAAAGUUUAUCCGAAAAACUGUUAUUUGUGCAGGAUCUUGUCGUGAACAGCUUCAAUUUAGAGUCAAUCUCAUGAAUAUUUACUUCCAAAAAAUAAAAAAAAAAAACAUCAAUCGAUUUUCGAGGCCGAGGAUUCAUUUUAGCCAUGUUGUGUUAUGUGACUUGUGGCGGUAAAUUUGAAUUUUAUACAGGUAUUUUGUAGAAAGUUAUUAUUGAAACGAUUUUUUGCUUAGUUAUUUGAAGUUAUCGGUCUAAAAAUGAUGGAGCCUGUCGCUCCAGGCACUGAAGACGAACUGCCCGAUUAUAAAUCAUUAAAUAAGCAGGAAGAAGAACGGGAUCGGUUGCUCAGUUUGAAGGCGAGGCUGAGAAACGGCCAAGUCGAGAAUGUCUUCGAACUCAACUAUGUCAAUAGUGCUGAACAUUGGUAUUGCAAGGUCUGCGAAUGUCCGAUCAUGGGACGAGUGUUCCAGCACGAAUUGGGCCGGAGACACACGCAGAACUGGCAGGCUUUGGAACAUCGUAGUCGCGCCAAUAACGAGCACUUUGACGAUGGACCGCCAGGCGUUGAUCACUCUGAAGAAGUCGUUAGUCAAAUGGAUAUUGCACCUGGGGAACCGGUGCCUCCGGGGUUUGAGAACGAAAUCCGCGAAGCACAAAUACAGGAACGUCUUGAUGGUUUCAAAGUGGGCCCCUUAGUAGCCUUAGAAUACUUACUGGAAAUGUUAGAUUACGACGUAUCAAAGGAACCAACCUAUUUAUGCAUUUUAUGUGACAAAAAAGGCGACCCCAGAACAGUACUGACCCAUUUGGCCAGCUACAAUCAUAUCUCUCAGUAUUUGCAAAGACACUUUCCGUCGUGUUACCGCGCUUUGGCCCCCUACACGACCAAACAGUACAAGAGAAACUGGCAGGCGGCCUUGCAAAAGAUCGCCGAAGCUAUUGAGAAAAAAUUUGGCAGGUUGAGGCCGUUUUGUAUUGAGCAGGCCAAAUUUGAGCAGGACCGUAUGCAUUAUUUGACUAAAGUCAUCAAAGGCAAGCAUUUUUGUGAACAAAAUGGACCGAAUUUUGUCGAAUUGGUUGUUCAUGAUGAGUUGACGAAAACUUUUGAUGACGACGGACGUCCAGUAAAACCUUCAGCCACCCCAUUCGGCAACAAGGCAUUCAUCGAAAGAGAAGCCGUUAUCCAACAACAAACCCAAAAACGCAGUCCUUCACCUCCAGUCGUUGCCAGACCCACCAAAAAAGUGCGCCCCGCUGAACAACCCAACAAACCACCUGCUGUUGCUACCAACAAACCACCAGCUGUUGCCAACAAACCACCUGCUGUCACCAGCAAACCACCACCAACUAAUGUGAGCGGUAAUGCUUCUAAAAAACCGCCACCUGGUGGGGUGAAGAAUCGUCGUCGAAGUUUGUCCAGUUUAUCGAGCUCAUCCGACCCGGAACCAUCCAAUGGGAACAGACGGUUGGCUCGGAAUCGUUCGCCACCUAAUAGAAAUGGGGGUAGAAGACCGAAUGAUCAGAGAUUUGAUAGAGAGCCAAGGGGUUUCAGACGUCGUUCACCGUCUCCAGUCAGAAGAAGGCCCAUGGUCAAGGAAGAGGACGAAGAAAGAAAAAGAAACAGAGAAAAGGACCGACUUCAAAAAUUGGAAGAAUAUACGAAAUUGUGCAAAGCCAUCGAAAAUGAUAUUGAAAAAACAACCAAGCAACACGAGAAAAAUCCGGAAAGGCAUCCCAAGUAUAAUGAAGAAUGGAAACAAUUUUGGAACAGACGGUACAAAGAGCUUCAAGGUGAAGGUAAAGACGCAUCGAAAUACGAUUUCAAACCGGAAUGGAUUCAAUAUUGGGGCAAACGUAUGCGCGAACUAGCGGAAGAGGCACUGAAAGAAAGAAAAGAUGGAUUGAGGAAACGUUUGGGAUUGGGAGACGAGCCCACGCCCAUCAGUUUUAGAAUCGGCGGAUGUGCUGUGACCCUGAAAUCUCAACCCAAACCAAAAGAAAACAGACCCAACUUGCCGAUGGCCGCCAGGCCGGACAACGAUCCUGAAAUCAUUAUAUUGGAUGAUGAUGUGAGAGUGACCAAUGACAGACCAAUGAUCAAGAAAGCGCCACCUGUUAUCAAUCUGUCACCUGUUAAAGCACCUCCAGCAAAUAGUAGAGAUAAAACCAGAUCUCAUAGCCCGUGGGAAGAUGAAUUGUCACCACCCAGAAAUCAAUCUAAAGGUGGACGAGAUGAUAAAAUAAGCCCGAUACCUAUCGCUGUUCGGCCCAGAGAAAGAUCACUGGAACGAAAACGGAGCCGUGAAAGAUCGUUUGACAGGAAACGGAGCCCAGAAAGACGCCGGUCGACUGACAGAAGUUGGCGGUCACCCGAAAGAAGUAAGCGAUCAUUGGAACGGUCAAGAAGAUCCCCUGAACGAUCAAGAAGAUCCCCAAGGAGAUCGCCCGAAAGGCAUAGAAGAUCGCCUGACAGACGAAGAUCGCCUGAACGUCGCAGAAGAUCACCAGAGAGACCAGAGCGAACAAAGAGAGGUCUCGAGUUUAUAUCUCCAGACAGACGAUCGCGCUCCAUAGAGAUUGUAUUGCGAAGGUCUACAGAUAGAAUUGAUAGCUUAAGAUCACGAUCACCGUCAGACAGGACUUUUAUUAGGGAAAGAGACUUGCGCGAUCGUGAAUUGGAUAUUGGCCGGCCCAAAGAAAGAAGCUGGGAAAGGGGGAUGAGAGAGAGCUCAUUUGAGCGAGACAUGAGAGCUAGAGAUAGGAUUCGUACUGUGGCCGAUCUUCCUUGGGAAAGAGAGAAAAUGAUGUACGGACAUUCUCAAAGAAUGAUGGACGAUUAUUAUGCUCCACCGCCAAUGAUGAGGGACGUGAGCCGCCAACCUCAACAAUUCCAAUCUAGUGUACAGGAGGAGGAACUUGAGGAGGAAGAAGUCAACAUUGUUUCGGUUUUGCGAUUACUCACAGCUUUAGAAGAACGUUUAGGAUCUCUAGGUCCAAAAAUAAUCGAUUUGCUUGCCCAAGCUUUGGCCCUAGAGAAAAAAGAAGCUAACAGUAGUGAAACUCUCUUGGACAAUGAAAUCAAUUGCGUCAUGUUUGAGACUGUAAAGGAAAAAUUAAAAGGCCAACUGUUGGCCGGUCUAGUGGAUAUUCAUCAAGAAAGGGCUUUCAAAAGGGCCAUUCAAAAAACUGCUAGUUUAAUUCACAUGGCAAGCGAAAGGAAGAAAAGGACAGCAAAGCCAGUUUCAGCUGACGUGGCAGUUCCUGGAGUUGGAGCCGUCGAUAAGGCUGCUAUAGCCAAACAGUUGGCUAAUGCUUUAAUUGCCCAAGGAAAAACGAACGUUACUCAAGCUGAAUUGGAACAAUUGGUUAAUGCUGUGGUUGGUAUGGCAGAAGCAUCAAAAAAUUCCAACAAACCUGUGUCAACUGCCAGUUUAUUCGCCCAACUCACCGGAGAAGAACCCAGCAAAGAAGAAAAAAUAAUUUUUCCGCGUGCCAGGACUAGCGACGAAAAACCCAAACAAAAAGAUUCAAUUAUCGAUCUGGAAGGCUUGACUGAACCACUUUCGCCAAGUACCCCGGAAAGGGCCACCAGCAACAUGGAAAACUUGUCGGAUUCCGAUUUGCAAACGUUGCUGCAAAAUUUCAAGGAUUUGUCCACCGAGGAGCAAAUGAAUUUGAUUAAUUAUUUGAAGAAAUUAGAAUUCGAUGAACCAGAGAGAGUGGAAAGGUUGAGAAAGUUUGUGAAUUUGGGCACAGAGAAGCCAAAAGAGAUUAUUGAUUUGGAUAAAGAAUUCAGUCCGAGUCGGAGUAGAAAAAGGAAUGACGAUGAAGACAACGAUUUGGAUCCGUUUAGCAAGAGACGGAAAGAUGCGUUUGAUUCUGAAGAUGAGGACUACAGUUUUGAAGAUGUCGUCAAAGCUGCAUCCAAAAAUGUCCAACAAAAAGAACUGGAAGACAACCGUAAAAUCGUCGAGGAUUCGUUAGGCUACAGCCAAGCUCAAAAAGACGCCAACAUAGCAGACGCCAAAGCUCUGAUUUCAAAUCUUAUGAGCUCGUUCUCGCAAACCAACAGCACGACCAGCGAAACUGGAGCUUCAGUCGUCAAUCUGCUGGGUUUGCCAAUUUCCAGUUCCAGUAGUAGGACUUUGAAAUCCCAGUCGGCCAGUAUCACUACUACUACAUCUUCAGCAAACUUUGCCAACACGCUGGGUAGUAUUAAUAUGGACAAUUUGGCUAGCAUCGUUAGUAAUGUGCAAAAGAAUAGUCAGGAACAGAAAAUGAAUUUCGAGCCGUCUCGUCCCCCUAUGUCUGUAGAAAGAAAUAUUCACGACACCAGACAUUCAAACCCUCCAGCACCGGGUAUGCAUUUCGAACCAGUUCCGAAUCCACAUUUGAGCGGCGGUCCGGAUCCGAUAAUGAUGGCUCAGAGGCAUCACAUGGUUCCGCCCGUGAACCAAAUGGCUCAGAGGCCUUUCGCACCAAGACCUCAGAACCCGCACCAGUUUGGAAAUAAUCAGUUUAGAAAUCAGAGACCGCCACCGGCGCGUCCUCAAUUUAAUAAUAAUCCUAAUUUUAAUGGUAAUCCUAGAUUUGGCGGUCCUAGGGGGGCGGCUUUCAACAGGUGGUAGUUUUAAGAUUUUUUUUUUUUUGAUUUUUAAGUAUUCAAGUACACAUUCUAAUUGGAACAAUAUUGAUAUUGAUAUGAAUAAAUAAUUGAAUGA